AAAAAAAAAUAAUAGGAAAAGGAAACCUUCAUUCCUAAGCAAUUACCCAAAGGCAAGGACUAUAACUUGCUCUAUACUUUGUGAAAGAGAGCACGCGCUGGUGAUUGAGUGUGACAUUUGCACAAAUCCGGCAAGUCUGAUUCCAAUUCCAACUACCAAAGAAAGAGAUAUGCUUCUGUCACAUGUCAACGGCUCUUUGGGCCUGCGAUGACCUUUUCCUUUGCUUCGCUAAUAAAUGCUCCCUCCUAUCCCGCUAGUUCUCUAUUCGUUGCGUGGCCCAUUCAACAGGAACAUUUCAAGCACUUUCUAGUUUCUCCCCAUAAAAAUCCUUCACUUUUACUCCCCAAUCCCCAUAAUCUUCCUUGCCCAAAAACCAUCACUUUCACAUUUGAUAAAUACUUCAAUUUCCCAGCCAUAACACAUAUACAACACACUUUGUCUUAAAAAUUUUGAGUUUGUUAGGUCAUGGAUUGCUUGGUGUUGCCAGUCUCCUUAUUGCGAAGGCGCAGCAUGGGCUACCGGCCUCUAACCGAGGAUGGAUUUGGCGAGUUGGACAGACAAGUGACGGUGGUUGUAGGGAAAGAAAAGAGGGAGUUUUUGGUUGAUCCUUUUGUGUUAGAGGAGAGUCCAUUCCGGGUUUUGAUUGACACAAUGAAGAAGGAAUAUGGUAGUCGAGUAAUUGAUGCAAGAGGGGAAAAGCGGAGGGUGAUUUUCGUGGACGUGGAUGCUAUCUUGUUUGAACACAUGCUUUGGUUGAUGAAUAAUGAUUGUUCUUCUUUGUUUCAGCUUAAUCUCGAGGAGAUCAUUGACUUCUAUGCUCAAGAUAAUUAGAGUGGAGAAGAGUCCUGGUUCAUUGUUUUUUACUAAUUUCACCUGAUAACAUCCUUCUGUAAUACAAGCACAGAAUCAGAAACAUGCCUUUUUUUUUUUCUUCUUUGGGGAAUUUUGAAGAAGCCAUAAUAUUAGUAGUUCAAGUUCAUCAAAACAUGGGAUUAGCGCAAAUCAUAUUAUACCAUGUUUCUAACUCGAUUUCAGGUUCUCCAAUUCAGCAGAUAUUUGGGUUUUAGACUUAAGAUGCAGUUAAAUACUGUUCACGUAAGAAUACUUUGAAAUGUUAAACAUUUCAAUUUUCUCUAUAGUUUGUUGCUUGUAAAAGUUGGUACGAAUUUUCUGACAUCUGACAUCACAAUGAAUCAGUCAAAUUUACCAAUGGAAUCCAAAAAAUUAUGUCAUGCUGUUUAUAAUUUGCCUAUGAGUUGUUGGGAUUGAUCACGUCAAUGUCCUAAUAUUACAACUUUUCUUGUAAUUGGUUCUUAUGAUGUUGAUUCAUAAAUUUAUUCAAUCCUUGAUUCACCUAACUUUCAAGUACAUUAUAUUCAAUCUCUGAUAUACUCGAGGAAACAAAAGAACAGAUCACAACGUUCAAAAACAAAAAGAAAACAAGGGUGUCGUUUUCAUCUGUAUUAAGCAAAUUAUAUUGGGAAAAAAAUUAUCUGCUCAUUUUAUUUUUAGGGUGAAAUUCAAAGAGCACUUGAGACAGGGAAAAGAAUAACUUUAGAGUUUGAGCCCAUACUAGGAUGCAGUUUUCCAGGAGGAUGGGCUGUAAUUGGAUUCACGUCUUCUAUUCAGCUCAAACUUGGACCAAUCCAGACCCAAUU